CCGCGCGGGAAAGCGUCGCUGUCGCUUUAAGGGCGGAGGGUGGCGGCCCCUUUAAGGCGGGGGGGCCGGCCGGGAUCAGCUGCCCGCGCACGGCAGCGGGGCCGCGCCGACACGGUGGGGCCGCGCCGCGGCUGGGGUCCCCGGCUACCCCCAUCCACCCCCGCAUCCCCCGCCCCUCCCCGGGGUCCUGUCCCCGCCGGUCCCGCGGCCUCUCUGUCCCCUCUCUGCCCUCGGGGGUGCCCCCCGGGUGCCCCGGUCCUUGUCCGUGGGGUGUGGGUGCCAUUCCCCCUCCCUCUGCUCGGGGUGGCCCCGGGCUGAGCCCCCCCGGCGGGGACGUGGCGCAGCCUGCCCGUGGUGGGGGGGGGGGGGGGGCUCUGCUUUUUAUCGGUUUUAUUAUUUUUAGCGUUAAUUAUAAUUUCCAGUUUUAUUAUUAAUUUUUAACCCCUCCUCGCCCCGCCCGGCGAGCGCGGGAUGGGGCUCCGGGGGCAGCCCCCGCUCUCUGCCCCCGGGGACCGCUGCCGGUGGUAGGUGUCCCGCCAGGGACCGGGCACCAUGGGGCAGGGGGCCACGGGGCUGGCCGGGGUGCUCAGCCCGGCCGGGGCACUGCCAGCCGGGCCCCCGCUGCUGCUGGACGUGGGGCACACGCUCCCUCCCGGCCGGGAUGCUCUGAGCCACGCACGGGGCCUGGAUUGCUGGGAGGUUCGGAAGCGCAACAGCUCCGAGUGGUGCCACUUCAUCCGGAGCAACCCCGACUGCCGGCUGGACGGGGGCUUCCUCGACUACCUCGAUGGGGUCUUCUGUGUCUUCCCGCCCCAGCUGCUGCCCCUGGCUGUCACCCUCUAUGCUCUCUGGCUCCUGUACCUGUUCAUCAUCCUCGGUGUGACAGCAGAGAAGUUCUUCUGCCCCAAUUUAUCAGCCAUCUCCACCAACCUGAAGCUGUCCCACAACGUGGCAGGUGUCACCUUCCUGGCCUUUGGAAACGGGGCACCUGAUGUCUUCAGUGCUGUGGUGGCUUUCUCUGACCCCCGGACAGCAGGGCUGGCCAUCGGGGCCGUCUUUGGUGCCGGUGUGUUUGUGACCACGGUGGUGGCCGGGGGCAUCGCCCUGGUCAAGCCCUUCACGGCCGCCUCCAGGCCCUUCCUCAGGGAUGUCAUCUUCUACAUGGUGGCCGUCUUCCUCACCUUCGUGGUCCUCUACUUGGGCAGGAUCAGGCUGGGAGAGGCUCUGGGUUACCUGGGGCUCUACGUGUUCUACGUGCUCACCGUGGUGCUCUGCACCUGGAUCCACCGGCGGCAGCGCGGGGACGGGCUGGCCCCUCCCGGAGCCUGGGAGCCAGAGAUGCCGACAGACGUGGAAGCACCGGAGCCCCUGGGCACAAACAGCGGGGACUAUGGGGAGGAGUACCGGCCCCUGCUGCCCUCCCGGGAGACCUCCCUGCGCAUCCUCACCUCGGCCCUCAGCCCCUUGGACUACCGCAAGUGGAGGAGGAAGCCCUGGUACUGGCGGCUCUUCAAGGCCUUCAGGGUGCCCGUGGAGCUGCUGCUGCUGCUCACCGUUCCCGUUGUGGACCCCGACAAGGAUGACCUGAACUGGAGGAGACCCCUCAACUGCCUGCACAUCCUCACCAGCCCCCUGCUCUGCGUCCUCACCCUGAAGUCAGGCGCCUAUGGGCUGUACCAGAUCCAGGGCAUCUUCCCAGUCUGGGGACUGGUCACACUGGUUGCCUCUGCCCUGGCCCUCAUCAUCUUCAUCACCACAAGCAAUGAGGAGCCGCCCAAGUAUCACUGUGUGUUUGCCUUCCUUGGGUUUUUGGCCAGUGCCAUGUGGAUCAACGCCGCGGCCACGGAGCUGGUGAACAUCCUGCGCACCCUGGGCGUCAUCUUCCAGCUCAGCAACACCGUGCUGGGCCUCACACUGCUGGCCUGGGGCAACAGCAUCGGGGACACCUUCUCCGACCUCACCAUGGCCCGGCAGGGCUAUCCCCGCAUGGCCUUCUCCGCCUGCUUCGGGGGCAUCAUCUUCAACAUCCUGGUCGGCGUGGGGCUGGGCUGCCUGCUGCAGAUGACCAGCAGCCAGCCGCUGGUGAAGCUGGAGCCUGACAGCCCCCUGGUGUGGGUGCUGGCCGGGGCGCUGGGGCUGAGCCUGGCCUUCUCCUUGGUGACGGUGCCGGCGCAGUGCUUCCAGCUGGGAAAGGCCUAUGGGCUCUGCCUCAUCGCCUACUACCUGCUGUUCCUCAGCGUGGCCCUGCUCACCGAGUUCAGGGUCAUCCGUUUCCCCACACCCUGAACGGCCCCAGCAGAUCCAGCCCUGGAGCUCGCUCUGCCUCCCUGCCCUCCCCUGUCCCUGCCAGGGGGACAAGGGCACCUCGACCUCCCCGUGCUGCUGGAGGUGCCAGCCCAGCCCUCGGCCCCUGCUGUCCUUUGGGGAAGGAGCUGUCAGUGCCCACAUCCUCUCCUCAUUUGGGGAACUCUGGGCAGGAGCAGCCUCCAAAGCUCAGCUGUGUCGGGUGGCAGUGGCAGGAGCAGAGGAUGGGGAAGCUCCAGCUCAGGGGUGCAGCAGGGGAGGUUCUGCCUCCUCAGCUCCAUCUUGCCCUCCUCAGCUCCGUGCCAUGCUUUGGGACACAUGCUCUGUGCUGCACAGGUGACACUGCCACUGCCCAGGUACACGUGUGUCCUUGGGAAGGACUGUCCCCAUUGGCACCGUGGGCUGGAACAGCAGACAGGGCACAGCCAGACAGGGCUAAGGGCACACGGUGCUCCAGGGACGCACUGGGUUUAGUGCAAGCAAAGCCUGAGGGAAAAACAAACACCAAACCAAGGGAGGCUGGUUUCCCCUGCUUUUUUUUAGUAAUGUUUUUCAACCUGAGUUUCAGAUCCUACUUUUCUCCUCCUCCUGGGGUGGGCAGAGCUGUAGGAAAGGACUUGGAGGUUUCCACACACAGUGUUGACCUCUGGCAGGACAAGAUUUAGGCACUGUAAAAAACUGCAAUAAAAAAAAAAAAAAAAAAACCAAAAAAAAACCAAAAAAAAAACAAAACCACAAGCCCGACCUUGACUUUUGCCUGCUGCAAGGGCCCUUCCUCCUGCUCUCUGCUGCUCUGACUCAGCCCUUACUCAGCACAGAGCCUUGGAGGGCACAGGGAACAGCCAGGGCCGAGCCCUGGG